AUGCGCCAAACUCUUCGCCGGUCCUGUGCUGCAUGUGCCAAAUCCAAACACAGUUGCGACCUCCGCACACCACGCUGCUCUCGCUGCAUUAAGCGCAAAGUCCAGUGCGUCUAUGCGAAUGAGCCCUUUACAGCGCCGCCGGCAACUCACGGGGGAUCAAUGAGACCGCUCGAUGGAUCUGGUGCUUUAACCGGCUACAGAUUCGGGUGUCUCGAUCCUUUCGAUUCGUACCCGCAGACGAGACUUCCUCGGGAACGCGUUCAACGUCUCAUCCAUCGCUUUCUCCACAAGAUCGCUUUCCAAUACUACCCUCUCGACUUGAACGCAACCUCAAAUCCGUUUCUCAUCUCUUGGUGGCCUCUUGCUCUGGGCGACCCAGCACUAUUUCACGUCUCGCUGCAGACAGCAUGUCUUGAUGAGGAGUUGUUGGCCCAGGAGGGCUUUCAAACCUCCGAACUUCUCAUGGCCGACUCUGUGGCUUUACUCCGACGCAAAGUCGAAGACACGUCACUGGCUGUACAAGACGGGACUAUGAACUCUGUCAUCACCUUGGCAGCCAUCGAAUUUGGCAAGGGCAAUAUCAAGGUUAGCCAAAUGCAUGUUGACGGAGUGAAAAGACUCGUCAACAUGAGAGGUGGCAUCAAUUCAGUGAGGCAGACAAGCCCGCUUACCGCGAGAAUGGUCGGCUGGGUCUCGAUACUCAUCAUGGGCCAUCCUGAAUUCGAGACCCAGGAUGACGUCGGCAUUGGAGAUGGCAUACCUCCCAUUCCGGAAUGGCAGUUGGACUCGACCGCUCUUCAUGAUGAUUUAUCCGAGCUCAUCAGUAUUGAUGUCGACUAUGCAGUCAGGAAUGUCUUCAUCCGUCUCCGCUACGUCUUCCAGCGGGCGCAACGGAUACCCUUCUCAACCAUACGACUUCACGACCUCACAUGUUUUGUCGUACACCGACUUCUACUCUCAGCUUCGGACACGGCAAACCCUCGGUCGUCACCGAUCACAGAAUGCAUUCGCUACGCAAUCAUACUCUACAUGUUCAUCAUUCAGGGGCCAACGUAUUACUCGCAUGCAGUCAUAUUAAAUACGACUGUCACCCGGUUUAUAGAGCAUCUCAAGCAACUCGAAUCGACACCUCGUGCGUAUGAUUCACUUGAUGUCUGGCUUCUUGCAAUUGGAAUGGUGGCCUCGACCGGCACAGCCCAUUACCGGUGGUUUAUGGAGACGGCACGGGCUAUGGCUGCUUCUCUACAGCUGGGUAAUUGUAACGACGCCCUCGUCCACAUCAAGUGCGUCCUGUGGUUGGGGACACUGCAGGGCGAAGAUAUCUUUCGGCCUCACUGGGACGCUAUUCUUAGUGCUGCGAAUCGACCAGGGCCGCCAGACCUUACGACACAACUAAGCAACAGCUUCUUUGUCUACGAUCCUCCUGAAACAAACUUGAGCAGUAAUCAUGCCGGAAACAGUUCCCAUCAUUCCCGAAUCCCCCGCGAUACAUAUAGCAUCAUAUGCCUCAAGACCAGCGCGAACACCCCCUACGGCGCGUUCAUCCUGAUCGCGGCCGGGAUCUACGGCUCCAACCUUUGGAUCCCGCAUAAGGAAUUUCUCAUGUCACUUCCUUGA